AUAUAAACUAAAAAAGAGAAGACAACUUUCAUCUGCAGCCUUCCCCUAUUUAAACUCUGAUUUCCAAACAACUAAACUACACAAUACUUAGUUCACAAACACACCUAAACUGAGAGAAUAAAAGAGUUAAAUGGCUGCAAAUAUCGUUUCAUGUGACCAUGCAGAUGAAGAUUAUAUUGAUAUGGCAGUGAGCUCAAACGACAGUAUUUUCUGCCACGCCAUGAGUUCUCCUCCCCAUCCUAUGGAAUUUGAAUUCCAGAUGUUCCCUAGCUUUUCAGAGAGCGACACAACCACUUCUCCAGCUGAUGAACUCUUCUACAAAGGGAAGCUUCUUCCACUACACCUCCCACCGCGUUUACAGAUGGUGGAGAAACUGCUGCAGAAUGCCAACUGCUAUGAUAAAUAUGCAGAUUCUUUUGAUGAGUUCUUUAGCACUCCAUUAGAAAAUACCACCCCUGCAAGCACCACCCCCUUUGAAUCCUGUAAUAUCUCACCUUACGAAUCUUGUCAGGUUAGCCGAGAACUGAAUCCAGAUGAGUAUUUCUUCGAGUAUUCUACUGAAGCGAGUGAUUUUAUUGCUGAUCCCUGCAAAAAGUCUUGGACAAGAAAACUUAAGUUGAUCAAGCAGUCGUCCAUUGGUUCAAAGAUGAAGGCUUCCCAUAGUUAUCUAAAAUCGUUGUUUAAUAAGUCUGGAUGCUCAAACGAGUGUUCUGCAGCAGCUGCAAUACGGGAACGAACAACUCCUUUGGCAAAAGAAUGUGCAGACAACUAUACGAAAGUAGAAAGAGAAGCAUUUGGAAAAAUACAUACAAGCAAACACAAGAUUUCUACCAAAAGAAGCCUAAAGAAUGGACAGAUUCCUCAGAUUGGAGGUGGUCAUCAUAGAAGAUCGUUCACUGGGGCCAUCAAGAGGCUUUCAACAACUAAGUCUUCAUCUUUAUCCUCUUCGGUUGGCUCUUUGUCAUCAUCAAGCUCAAGUACUUCAAAUGGAUCUCAAGAAUCACAGUCAUUCAAGCUAAAUGGCAGUUCAUAUUCAGAUAUUGAAAAUUCAAUACAGAGUGCAAUUGCUCACUGCAAGAGUUCUCAACAGCUUAAUUCAAGAAAAGAUACAAGUACUAUAGAAGUAUAUUCAUUCCCCUCAUCUAGAAUAAUGUAUGAGGAUAGAGAAAGGUUUGAACUUUGCCAGGUUUAAAGAUUUCAGAACGAUUAUAAAUUAAGAAUAAUAUUGAUUUGA